UAUAUUGAAAUGCUAAAGCCCAGACUAAUCAGAUCCAUAAUGUGAUCAGGGACUCAAAAUAAGAAACACUCUGGAAUCUUGACAUGAAACUUUCUCUUCUUUUUAGAAAGUAAGGUCCACACUUCGAGAAGAAAGGGAUGUGUGCAAACAAAUUAUACAAUAAAGUAAUGCGUGGGAAAGAGAAAACAAAAGAAAAAGGGGAUAGCAGCCUUUGAUGGGCUGUCUUCCAUAUUGGAACUCAUUAAUCAGAGAGAUUGAUCUGUUUUCGACAACCACAAGUCUUUUCUGCUCUCCCACUUUCUCUUCUUUUCUUGAAUCUCACUUCUUGUUUCUUUCAUCUCUCAAGGCAAGGAAUGGAUUGUGUGAGCCCAAUCUUGGAUGUUGUAACUCGCGUAUGGGACUGCACAGCCAAGCAUGCAGUCUACAUCAGGGAUCUGCAGGAAAAUAUGGACUCUUUAAGAAACGCAAUGCAGGAGCUGAAGACUGUAUAUGAAGAUGUGAAGGCAAGAGUUGAUCUUGAAGAGCAACGGCAAAUGAAGCGCAUGAAUGAAGUGGACGGCUGGCUCCAUAGUGUACUAGACAUGGAAAUAAAAGUCAACGAGAUCCUGGAGAAAGGCGAUCAGGAAAUCCAGAAGAAAUGCCCUGGAACUUGUUGCCCCAGAAACUGCCGGUCCAGCUACAAGCUCGGGAAGAAAGCGAGUAAAAAGCUGGGUGAUGUGACUGAAUUAAGGAGCAAGGGACGCUUUGAUGUUGUGGCUGAUAGGUUAUCUCAAGCUCCGGUGGAUGAGAGACCGAUGGAGAAGACUGUGGGCUUAGAUCUGAUGUUUACAGAGGUUUGCAGAUGCAUCCAACAUGAGAAACUCGGAAUUAUUGGGUUGUACGGCAUGGGGGGUGCCGGGAAAACUACCCUCAUGACCAAAGUGAAUAAUGAGUUCAUCAGAGCGAGCAAGAUCUUUGAAAUCGCCAUCUGGGUUGUAGUAUCCAGGCCUGCAAGCGUGGAAAAAGUACAAGAAGUCAUUCGCAACAAAUUAAACAUUCCUGAAGACAGAUGGAGAAACAGAACCGAGGAUGAAAAGGCAGUAGAAAUUUUUAAUGUCUUGAAGGCAAAAAGGUUUGUGAUGCUGCUAGAUGAUGUAUGGGAGCGGCUUGAUCUCCAAAAAGUGGGGGUUCCUUCUCCUAAUUCCCAAAACAAGUCCAAAGUAAUAUUAACAACCCGUUCUCUGGAUGUUUGUCGGGAUAUGGAAGCUCAAAAAAGCCUUAAGGUGAAGUGUUUGAGAGAAGAUGAGGCUAUUAAUUUGUUCAAGAAGAAGGUUGGAGAGACUACUCUAAAUUCACAUUCGGAUAUACCCCAACUUGCUGAAAUUGCUGCUAAAGAAUGCCAAGGCUUACCACUUGCACUCAUCACUAUUGGGCGAGCUAUGGCUGGCAAGAACACUCCACAAGAAUGGGAGCGAGCAAUCCAAAUGUUGAAGGCUUAUCCAUCGAAGUUUUCAGGUAUUCCCGAUCAUGUAUUUUCGGUCCUCAAAUUCAGUUACGAUAACUUGUCAGAUGACACCAUCAAGACUUGUUUUUUAUAUCUUGCUAUAUUCCCAGAGGACCAUCAAAUUAAGGAUAAGGAUCUUAUAUUCCUUUGGAUUGGAGAAGGGUUUUUGGAUGGAUUUGCUAGCAUAGAUGAAGCAUUUAACCAAGGGCACCACAUCAUUGAGCAUCUAAAGACAGUAUGUCUAUUCGAGAAUGGUGGAUUUAAUAGGGUUAAAAUGCAUGAUGUCAUUCGUGAUAUGGCUUUAUGGUUAGAUUCAGAAUAUAGGGGCAAUAAGAACAUAAUCUUGGUUGAAGAAGUUGAUGCUAUGGAAAUUUACCAAGUUUCAAAGUGGAAAGAGGCACAUCGGCUAUACCUGUCGACAAGUAGUUUGGAAGAACUCACUAUACCACCAUCUUUUCCCAAUCUCUUGACUUUAAUUGCUCGGAGUAGAGGCUUGAAAAAAUUUGAGAGUAGAGGCUUGAAAACAUUAGAGAGUAGAUUCUUCCAUUUCAUGCCGGUUAUAAAAGUUCUGGACUUGUCAAAUGCUGGAAUAACUAAAUUACCUACUGGAAUUGGUAAAUUAGUUACACUGCAAUAUCUCAAUUUGUCAAAGACAAAUCUAAAAGAAUUGUCUGCGGAGCUUGCAACUUUGAAAAGACUAAGAUGUCUGCUGUUAGAUGGUAGUCUUGAAAUAAUUUUUAAGGAAGUAAUAUCACAUCUCUCAAUGUUGAGAGUUUUUAGCAUAAGAAUUAAAUAUAUCAUGUCAGAUAUUUCGUCACCCACAGACGAGGAGGAAGCCGAUUAUUCAAGGAAGGAUGAUAAGGCUAUUUAUUUACAUGAGGAUAAUAAAGCAUUAUUAGAGGAGUUAGAAGGGUUGGAGCACAUAAAUUGGGUCUCUUUGCCCAUUGUAGGUGCUCUGUCUUUCCAAAAGUUAUUGAACUCCCAAAAAUUACUGAAUGCUAUGAGGUAUUUACACCUUUGGAACUUGGAAGGUAUGAGGAUGCUCCAAUUGCCAAGAAUCAAACAUUUAUGUACCCUUGCAAUAUGUAGAUGUGGGGAGCUACAAGACAUAAAAGUCAAUCUAGAAAAUGAGAGCGGUAGAUGGGGAUUUGUAGCAAAUUAUAUCCCAAACUCAAUUUUCUACAACCUCCGAAGUGUAUUUGUUGAUCAACUUCCAAAGUUGUUGGACUUGACAUGGCUUAUUUACAUCCCAAGUCUUGAACUACUUUCUGUACAUAGAUGUGAAUCCAUGAAAGAAGUGAUAGGUGAUGCGAGUGAGGUCCCUGAAAAUCUUGGCAUAUUCUCAAGACUUGAAGGUUUGACCUUGCAUUACCUACCAAAUCUAAGGAGCAUCAGCAGACGAGCUUUGCCAUUUCCUUCCUUGAAAACCCUCCGUGUGACGAAAUGCCCAAACCUAAGGAAGCUGCCAUUGGAUUCAAACAGUGCAAGAAACAGUUUAAAGAUAAUUGAAGGGACAUCAGAGUGGUGGCGAGGGUUGCAGUGGGAGGAUGAAACCAUUCAACUCACUUUCACUCCCUACUUAAAUGCGAUCCGGAGGAGAAAUGAGAAGAUGACCUUCUUCUCCCAUCCUCUCGCAGGAUAAGAUUUUGAAGAAUGGUCGGACUCAACUGAAACUUCUUGCAAAUGUUUGAAUUUCUGGAUGCUAAGUGUGCACAUGGUGGAUUGCAGAAAUAAUCAUCCAAAGAGACAAAAAAUAAAAUAAAAAUUCCUUUGUGCUUAUAUUGUGUGUAAAGAUGAGUGAAAAGAACUCUUGUAUAUUUGGAUUGUAUACCAUGAAGCUACUAUAAUUUUUAUUCGCUUUAAUGGAUUGGAGUGUUUGUAUUUAGAAUGACAAUUUCUCAACUUGGGAUUUGAAAUAAAUUUUAGUUAAUACUUCACCAA